AUUUCUUCAAUUGCAUUGACAAUCAGGUCCUGGUGCAACCAUUGGGGGCAUGUGUGCUACACGUUGCUCUGGGUCAUUAGCUGUAAGGUAUGGAACUAUGCGUGAUAAUGUCAUCAACCUCAAGGUUGUUCUGGCAAAUGGGGAUGUAGUCAAGACAGGUUCUCGUGCAAGAAAAAGUGCUGCAGGAUACGAUUUGACGAGGCUGAUAAUUGGAAGUGAAGGAACCUUGGGAGUAAUAACGGAAAUUACUUUGCGGCUUCAAAAAAUUCCCCAGUACUCAGUGGUUGCAAUGUGCAACUUUCCAACAAUUAAGGAUGCAGCUGAUGUUGCCAUUGCCACUAUGAUGUCUGGGAUCCAGGUGUCCCGAGUAGAAUUGUUGGAUGAGGUUCAAGUAAAGGCUAUCAACAUUGCGAAUGGGAAAAAUUUUCCUGAAGUUCCAACAUUGAUGUUUGAAUUCAUAGGGACAGAAGCAUAUUCACGGGAGCAGACGUUAAUGGUUCAGAAGAUUGCUUCUGAGCACAAUUGUUCUAAUUUUGUCUUUGCAGAGGAUCCUGAAGCUAAAAAGGAACUUUGGAAGAUAAGGAAGGAAGCACUUUGGGCUUGUUUCGUAAUGCAGCCUAAUCUUGAAGCAAUGAUUACGGAUGUAUGUAUUCCUUUGUCACGGCUUGCAGAAUUGAUAUCAAGAUCUAAGCAGGAGAUUGAUGCAUCACCAUUGGUGUGCACUGUUAUUGCUCAUGCUGGUGAUGGGAACUUCCAUACAGUGAUCCUCUUUGACCCCAACAAAGAAGAACAAAGGCGAGAAGCAGAGAGACUAAACCAUUUCAUGGUCCAUACAGCCUUAUCGAUGGAAGGAACAUGUACAGGGGAACAUGGAGUUGGCACUGGGAAAAUGAAGUACCUUGAAAAGGAACUUGGAAUAGAGGCUUUGAGGACAAUGAAAAGAAUAAAGGCAGCCUUGGAUCCCAACAAUAUCAUGAAUCCAGGAAAACUGAUUCCUCCUCAUGUUUGUUUCUAAGCUAUAUUCAUAUUCAGAUUGUAGAACUGCAUGUUGUCCUAUAUUAGCCGAGAAGUCUGUAAUAAUAGUAAAUCAUACUUUAUAUUUUGGAUUAGAAAAUCAUGAGAACCAAUGUGACUUUAGCUGUUUUACUUCGAUCA